AUGCACCCAAGCAAGCGCUGCAGCCUCUGGUUCUCGACGCCGCAGCUCUCGCAGGACUCCACCGACAGUGACUCCGCAUCUUCAGGUUCACCUCCGCAAUGCAUCCCGGAGGCGGACAAUAUCCGCUCCCGGGACGCUAUCCGACGUAGCACCUACAGACAGAAGCAAAAGGCACACAAAGAAGCCCUGUACAAACAGGUAAACGACCUGUCGAGCCAGUUAUCGACACUACUGGCAACAAAAGAAGCUGCCAAAGAAGGCAUGAGUGUAAGUCAAGCUGCAGUAUGGAAGGCGCUAGCAAACAGAAAUCUUCAAGCCCGACUGAACGCCGAAGAACAACGUGCCAAACUCCAUGCGGCUAUUAAGAGAAGAUCGACCCUCAUUCGGGAUCUGGGGGUGCUUAUCAGAAAGAGAAUCAGUGAGGAAACACUCGAAGAUGCCGCGUACGCAGUGAAAAGGCCACGUACAGAGACACCGGAUAGAGCUCUGUACGAAGCCUAUAUUGACGAACUAGAUGAGAUCUAUGCCAAGACGGACAGGGUCUUCAAGGCCAGUGCAGUGCAGAUAGAUAAAGAGAGUUGUGAGGAUACUCACUUGUCCUACAAUCCGCCGCGAUCUUCCAACAAAGACGCCAAUUACCAUGAACUGGUGGGGCUGUUCUCGACGCCGUUCGCGUACGAACGAGUGCGUGAACACCUGCACGAGGUGACCUGUAUGGAGUUCCACUCUGGCUUUGAAAUGGUUGACGAGCCGUGGGCUCCUAGUGACACGACAAUAACCAAAUCCCGCAUCGAAAAUGUGGGAAAACGCUCGGUCGUCCAGCAUUGUGUUGUCCGCCGAUUCAACGAAGGCGACCGGGUCGUCCUUGUGUGGAGGAAGUUCAGUGAAGGCGGAGGCGUGUUUGCUGGCAUGCACUCGGAUGAAACGGGCUGGUCCAUCGUGCGACCAUCUCGUGUGAAUGGAAGUGUUAGCUCCGUUGUGGAACUGGUCUCGCGCUUCGUUCCGAUCAACUUCAGCACAGCAGCAGUCUCUGGUGAUAUGGUGAAACAAUUUGCAGACUUGCUGGUCAAAGAUGGCGAGGAAAUCUGUCAGUUAGGCUUGCAGAAGCUGGAAGAGACACUGCUGGACGAUGCGCUGGGAGUUUGCUAA